AUGGCUAAUCAAAGGAGUAAUGAAGCGGCCAUAAAGAAUUUAGAAAAUCAAGUGGGUCAACUUGCAAAGCAAUUGUCUGAGCAACAACCGGGAGCAUCCUUUUCCGCCAACACUCAAACCAAUCCAAAGGAGCAUUGCAAAGCCAUUGUUACAAGAAGUGGGAAGGAGGUGAAUAGUGGCGUAAAUGAAGAGGUUAUAGUGGAAGAUGAGGAGGAAAUAAUAGUUGAAGAUGAAGAGGAGGAAGUGACAGUUGAAAAUGAGGGAGAAAAGAGUGAGGAGAAGAUAGAGGAAGAAUUAGUUGAAAAAGAGCGGAAAGAAAAAGAAGAAAGAGAGAAAAAGGACAAAAAAGUGAAGAGGAAUAAAAAGAUAAAUGAGAAUGUGAGCACAAUUCCUCUCCAACAUCUACCUUACCCGCAUGUGCAAUCAAGGAAGGAAGACGCAAGGCGCUACGCUCGAUUUAUGGAUGUAUUUAAACAACUUCACAUAAAUAUUCCAUUUUCCAAAGCAUUGGAGCAAAUGCCCAAGUAUGCUAAAUUCAUGAAGAAGAUGCUCACAAAGAAAAAGAAGUACACGAAUGAAGAGACGGUUGUGCUUGAUGCUCAUUGUAGUGCAAUUAUUCAAAAAACUCCCCCAAGAAAGGAAGCCGAUCCGGGACGAGUCAUUUUACCGAUCACCAUUGAAGGUAACUACAUUAGUAAUGGUUUGGUUGAUUUGGGGUCUAGCAUCAAUUUAAUACCUUUAUCCGUUGUCAAGAGAUUGGGGAAAAUUGAGAUGAAACACACCAGGAUAACUUUGCAACUAGCCGAUAAGUCUAUCAUUUCACCAUAUGGAGUUGUACAAGACAUGCUGGUCAAGGUGGACAAAUUUUUGUUCCCGGUUGAUUUUGUGGUAGUCGACAUGGAGGAGGAUCGUGAUGUGCCAUUAAUACUUGGAAGACCAUUCAUGAAGACCACCCGAAUGAUGAUUGAUAUCGAUGAUGGGAUUAUGAAAGUGAGGGUGCAAGAUAAAGAGGUAAAUUUUACUCUUUUUGAGUCUAUGAAGCCUCCUAAGGAUGAACAUGACAACUUCCGAAUCGAUGAUGAAAAAGGAGAAAUCAUUGAGGUAGAGAAUCAAUUUCACAAGGACAAGGCAAAUCAUGAGGUAAAGACUCAUCACAAAAACUUUAAAGUUGGACAAAUGGUGCUUGUGUGCAAUUCAAGACUCAAGGUGUUUCCUAGCAAGUUAAAGUCAAAGUGGUCGGGGCCACUUGUUGUGAAAGAGGUGCGAAAUUAUGGAUCCAUUGUGGUGGAGGACCCUAAAACACAAGAAAGCUGGACUGUAAAGGAACGAAGACUCAAAGUCUACCACGAUGGAUAA